AUGACACCUCGUCAUGAUGAUAGUAAUUCAGAAAAUGAUGUCAAUAAAACAGAAUCAAAUAAUCAGAAUAAUAAAGAUACAUCGAGUCAUAUUUCAGUUGAGAGUGAUGACAUACCAGUAGUAUCUGGUAAAAAACGUCGAUUUACAGUUUUUUCAAGAAUUCCUAUAUUAAAAAAGUUGACAAACCCAACGAAGAAUACGUCACGUCGAUUAAAAUUAUACGAAAUUUACAAGUUUGCUGACAACAUUGAUAUUUUUCUAAUGUUUAUUGGAAUAAUUGCUGCAUCGGGAGUUGGUGUUACUUAUGGGGCAAUGUAUUGGUUUAAUCGCCAUCUACUUGAUAACCUUAUUCUUGUUGGCAAUGAUAGCAUGAAAAUGACAAAUACAAUCAAUUCAAAUGAAAGUCAAGCUACCAAUUCAUCCAGUAAAUAUAAUAUGACGUCACCAUAUAAUGUUAUACAAUCGAUGAGUAAAAAUUAUAUUAUCGUUGGUGGUAUAAGUAUAUUUCUUUAUUGGUUGGCGUGGGCAAGUUGGAUGAUCGCAGCUGAAAGACAAAUACGACGUAUUCGUUAUAAACUUUUUCGAAAUAUUCUUUGUCAAGAAAUCGGUUGGUUUGAUAUUCAUGGUAUCGGUGAAUUGGACAACCGUCUUAAUGAUAAUUUAGAUAAGGUUAAAAACGGUCUGAAUGAAAAAGUACCGGCUUUUUUGUCACUAGUUUCAAGAAUAAUUUGUCUACUUAUAUUUGCUAUGAUAACCGGAUGGAAAUUGUCACUUGUCUUUUUAUCAGUAUCACCUUUAAUUAUUCUUGUAUAUAGAAUAACUAUUUUAAUAACUGUUAAAUAUACUGCCAUAGAAAUAGAGGCGUAUAGUACAGCAGCAUCAAUUGCUGAAGAAGCAUUAGAAAAUAUUCGAACAGUAACAUCAUUUCACGGUCAACAGAAAGAGGAAGAACGAUAUAGUCAAAAUCUUUUGUCAGCAAAAAAAGUUGGAAUUGGAAAAAGUUUAUGCAUGGGUAUAAGCCAAGGUCUUGGGCAACUUCUCAGUUUUUCAGCUAUUACAUUAGCAUUUUGGUAUGGUUUGAAAUUAACACGAACUGAAAGCCAGAAUUACACACCUGGGACAUUACUCAUAGUAUUGAACUCAUGUCUAAGUGUAAUAACUUUGGCAACAAACUUUAUCCCAUGCUUGCACACGUUUGCAGAAGCAUCGGCUAGUGGAAGUUUUGUAUUUGAUAUGAUCGAACGAAAGACAAAAAUCGAUGUUUCAGAUGACGAAGGAAAGAAACCAGAAACAAUCAAGGGUGAUAUUGAAUUUAAAGAUGUGAAAUUUAGUUAUCCUACACGACAAGAAUCUUAUAUUUUACAAAAUUUCUCAAUAAAAAUACCAUCUGGUAAAACGAUUGCUUUAAUUGGAGCAUCCGGUUGUGGCCAGCAGCUUCCAGGAAUUAUUUCUUUGGGAUUUAUUGGGAUUUAUUAA